UAACAGUUAACACGCAGCUGUCGCCUGUCAAACACUCAAACGUCAAAAUAGUAUAUGAAUAUAAAAAAGCACAUUAAUGAACAAUAUUUAAGUUAUUUUAAUUUUUAAUUAGAAAUGGAUACAUACGAAAGCGUGUUAUUAGUAAAACCCGAAGUAUUUGUGUUUAAUAUUCCACCUCGAACAAGUAAUAGAAGUUACAGGGCAGCAGACUGGAACUUGGCCGAACCAUCGUGGACAGGACGUAUGCGAUUGGUAUCAAAAGGGAGUGAACUUUCGAUUAAGUUGGAAGACAAAAAUAGUGGAGAGCUAUUUGCAAAAUGUCCUAUCGAUACUUACCCCGGAAUAGCAUUGGAAUCAGUUUCUGACUCUUCGAGGUAUUUUGUCAUUCGCAUCCAAGAUGAUAAUGGACGAAACGCAUUCAUCGGUUUAGGUUUUGGUGAUAGAUCUGAUUCAUUUGAUCUUAAUGUUGCACUACAAGAUCAUUUUAAGUGGUUAAAGAAAGAGAAGCAGAUUAGCGAGGAGCCCUCCGGCCCGAAAUUAGAUUUACAAUUUAAAGAAGGCGAAACUAUUAAAAUUAACAUGAAAAUUACUAAGAAAGAUGGAUCAGAAACGUCAAACAAAAUGAAGGCUAGACCGGGCACGACCUCUGGUUUAUUGCCUCCCCCUCCAAGCGGUAGCACUAGGCUUCCGGCACCUCCAGGUUGUUCGCCCGCCGGAUCCCCCGCUCAUGUGCCGAAACCCGAUUUGAUCGGUGGAGAAUCUUGGGGAGAAUUCGCAUCGGCUCAAUCUAGUGCUCCACCUGCUACAUCUCCAGCAGCUAACAAUAGUAAUUGGGUUCAAUUUUAAUCUCUCUUAUUGGAAACAAAUUUAUAUAGGAAUAGAUAACCAAAUUUUCGAUAUUGCACUACCACAUUUUCCGUUGACAAUAUUAUAUUUAAAAAGACUUCAUAUGUGCACAUGAUAAGCGACGGCAGUUAUACAAGAUUUAGCCGUAAUAGUAAUCUUAAUGGUGUUCGGUCUGAUGUUAACGAUAUAUUGAAAAUUCAAAGAAAAUAAUCAUGAAUGUGAUCUGUUAGAUAAAAAAUAGUGUAGAUUAAGUUUAAAAUGUUUUUUAGCUUCUUGUUUAUAAGAUGGCUGCAGUAUACUGGGCCUAACUACGAAUUUUCGCCUUGUGUGUUAGAUCAGGUGGUGCAAUUUUCAUGUAUAGUGGUUUGCAUAUCAAAGAUUAUUAAAAUGUAGAGGUACCAUUUUGAGAUGUCCUAUGAAUAUUACGAAUCGUUAUAGCUUUAUGUAAAUGUAACUUUAUGAUAUGUUUGAAUGCAAAUGUAAUGUUAUUAUUUUGUUAUCUGUAAACAAAAGAGUAUGAAAUCUUUAGUAGAUAUGUAUAAUAUUUUUAAAAACGUUGUAUGGACACUUAUGUGUAAAUAUGCAUAAUAGCCAAAAGUAUAUUUGAAAAAAUAAAACAUUCCAAUUGAAGAAAAAUUGAUAUUGUUACUGUUAGAUGUAUAAUAAUAGUAAAGAAUGGAGUAGGUAGUUGAAAACUAAAUUUUUAUAACUUAUAAUGUAGUACCUGUAAUGAAGAAGUAAGUUGAGUUAAAGGUUCACCUUAAAAAGUUAACCCACAAAUAAAGAGCAAAGAAAUACA